AUUUUGUUAAAGGCUUCUACUUUUUCUCUUAUACGGCUUUGUCUUGUUUAAAAUGAGAAGUUCAUUUAAGGCUAAAAGAGGCAACAAGUUGCUACUUUAAAGUGCAUAUUCUAUAGAGUUUGGGUCCUACAGAGUUGUUUUACAUGAAGCAGAGUAUGACUCAUGCUAAUGGAAAGGGCAAAGAAGACUUUUUAAAAGAAAUAUAUCACACUUAAAUUAGUUUAGACAGCAUGACAUCAGAGAGUAAUUAAAUAGGUUUUUGUUGGAAUUCCGCUUCCAAUUCCUGAGUUCAGGUUUGUAAAAGAUUUCUGAGCACCUGCAGGUUUCUGUGUGUGAAAUAUUUUCACUGGAAGGGAUUCAAAACUUUUUAAAAAACCUUUUAAUACAGAGGCAGCAUUACGCCAUUCUUCCUUCUUGGAAAAAAAACCCUCUCCGAUUUAAACAAGAGUCCUUCAAGUUUUUAGUCACUUUUACAGAAGAAAGGGGGGUGGUAAACUUUCUCUUUUCAAGAACAAGCUGCUAGCAGAAACCAGGAGAAGACCAAAUUGACUAAAUUAGCAUUUCCACUAUGGGACUGGAUACAAAUAUUAAACAAGUAGAUUUAAAGUGCUUUAAGCUUAAAAUAAAACGCUUUCUGCUGACUUUGGUUCUUAAUUUUUUUCAUGUUUUCUUAUGCCAAACUGGAGGAACCUUUUCUGAUUUUUUCUUUGGUGGCAUUCAAAGGAAGACCAGAGGAUGAAAAUCCUGCACUUUCUUACUCUACUGCUUUGGCACUUUAGCUGGUUUUACCUCGUUUUCAUUUCCUUAGCGCUGAGUCCUGCUGAAGCAAGUCAAGGCAAUCCAGGAUCCAAAUUAGGAUUGUCAAACACAGAUGGAAAGGAGAGAAACCCCUUGCCAAGGGCAGGUACAUUUAGAACAGGGAACCAUGGAUAUAGUGCUGGGAAUUCAAAGUCUAGGGCAAAAAAUAAUAAUGCGCAAGCCGGACUUCUCUUGGCAAAGACUGAUGACUCAAAGAAGACUCUCUCUAAAGCAGGGAGCACAGACAAAAAGGUAGGAGUUCAAUCUUCAAACAGACAAUCGGGAAUAAGGACGGUGACCCCGAAGCUACAGAACUUUGGCCCCAAGGCCCCACUGAAGAAAACUGGCACCAGCAAUUCAGAUGCCAGCUCCUACAAAACCAAAAAGACUAAAGAAGCUAUUGCCCAAAGGGAAUCUAAGGAGGCAUUCAGGCAUCCUGCGAUCACCCCACAUGAAUACAUGCUCUCCCUGUACAGGACUCUCUCUGAUGCAGAACGGAAAGGUGUUAAUGGAAGCGUAAAACUGGAGACUGGGCUUGCCAAUACAAUUACAAGCUUCAUAGACAAGGGGCAAGGUAAGAAAAUAGAAUGUUUGCCUAUCUUUCAAGUGUAUGAAAUCCAUGUCAGAAGUUAAAGGGCAGAGGGGAUCUGUAUUUCCAAAAAGCUUGGCAGACUCCAGGCAUUUUCAUCCUUGCAAUAUAGAUUUAAAGAGUAUUUUUCACAUCAGCUUUUUGGUAUGCUUACAAUGACCAAACAAAACGGUCAUGCUUUUAUCUCAGUGAUAUUAGUAAUUUUAGGAUUAUGUUGUUGUUGUUGUUUUACAGUGAAAUAAAAUGCUUUUAUUCCUGCAGAACAUGCUACUAAAAGUGUAUGAUGGCAGUAUAUCUGCUGCAGCAAACAAUACCCAAUUAAUCCAAUUCACCUAAAAUACCAAUUUAAAGGGUUAGACUUGGGGAGAAGAAGACUCUCGAGUCUUUCUGAUUUUCAGUCAGUCAGUCAGUCCUUUCAGAUUGUGUUGUUUGUCUGUUGUUAUGAAUCAAACAAAUUUAGAUGUACCUUGUUAUAAGAAAUAAGCAGGAGAUUUAAUAUUUCGGUGAUGUCUCCAAGACCUCAUCAGGAGUCCAUCCACAUUCUUCCUUAGACCCUCACAGGGCCCCACAGCAACCUGUGAAUGCUGGAUGGAUCAAGUGACAGUGCUGUUGGGUGCACAGGUCUCUGACACAAGCACCAUUGGAAUGAAUGAUUUGUGCAACCAUGCUUGGUAAAUUUAGCUUGGAUCAGUCAAUGGAUCAUACAAUUUUAUGUUGAGAGUUUUGAAGUCAUAUAAAGAAGUGUAGAGUGAUUCGGAAGAGAUGCAACCCAACUUUAUUUAGACUAAAGGAAGUGUCAUGCUAAUGGACAACAAAGACUCUCUCACACUUUCUCUAUGUAUCUCAAUAGGUAGAUAGUAUAUAAAAGAGAAUGUAUGCCUUCAAACGCUAAAUCAAGUGACAGGACAUAAGUUACCAAAAUUACAAUAAAACAAAAUGUAUUAAAUUUGCCGUCUGGAAUCUUAAUACCAAAUGCAGUCAGAUGGAAACUAAGUCCUAUUGAUUAACCUUAAUGCACUGUCAGAUUAACUUUGGGGGACAAGAACGCAGACUAAAAUAAUGCAGAAAUAUUUCUAUGUCUGAAUUGGAAGUGUUGUUUUAGUAAACCUCCAUGGAGUAUGAACUUGUAGCAUUUCCAUAGCAAUGUUUUAUAAUUCCCAAGGCUGCAAACUAAUAGUGAAGGUCAUUGUAUGUUAUUAAGAGAAAUUGAAAUUUUGAACAAAUUUCUGUUCAAUAUACAUACAUCUCUCCCUCUUUCUCUCUUUAGAUGACCGUGCUCCAGCUGUUAAAAAGCAGAAAUACAUUUUUGAUAUCAGUGCAUUAGAAAAGGAUGGCUUACUGGGGGCAGAACUGCGUAUUUUAAGGAAAAAACCUUCUGACAACUGGAAGCCUACUUCUCAUGGGAAAACAUGUCAAAUGAAACUAUUCAGUUGCUCCAUAAGCAGGCAAGCAUCCAUCCUCUUGGACUCUCGGACAGUCAACAUCUUAGAUACCGCAAAAUGGGAAGUCUUUGACAUUUGGAAGCUUUUUAGGAAUUUUAAAAACUCUGCUAACUUGUGUUUUGAACUGGAGGCUUUUGAAAGGGGAAGGCCUGUUGAUUUAAGGACUGUGGGAUUUAACAGAACAGGGAGGCAAGUCAAUGAAAAAGCUCUCUUCUUAGUAUUUGGUAGGACAAAGAAAAGAGACUUGUUCUUCAAUGAAAUAAAAGCCAGAUCUGGCCAGGAUGACAAAACUGUUUAUGAAUACCUAUUCAAUCAGAGAAGAAAGAGAAGGGCUCCUCUAGCAACUCGGCAAGGAAAGAGGCCCAACAAGAAUCUGAAGACAAGAUGCAGCAAAAAAGCACUUCAUGUGAAUUUUAAGGAUAUGGGCUGGGAUGACUGGAUAAUAGCCCCUCUUGAAUAUGAAGCUUAUCAUUGUGAAGGACUUUGCGAAUUUCCUCUUCGGUCCCAUCUGGAACCCACCAAUCAUGCUGUUAUCCAAACAUUAAUGAACUCUAUGGACCCAGAGUCGACACCUCCAACUUGUUGUGUUCCGACAAGACUGAGUCCUAUUAGCAUCCUGUUUAUUGACUCUGCUAAUAAUGUAGUCUACAAACAAUAUGAAGACAUGGUAGUGGAGUCCUGCGGCUGCAGGUAGCAGCAGUGCAAUCUCUCACAGUACUAACUGCAAAGCCUUUCCUAGCAGCUGACAAAAAUGAACUGACACAGAUCAGCACUGUGAUAUCACUCAGAGUGGUUUGCGCUGGUCGAUAGCUGUUGUGGCAUCUGUCACAAGCAAUGCAUUGGUUGGCAAUUAAUGCAAGCCUAUUUUGCUCUGCUGCCUCUCAGUUGCCUCUACAAGCUACUACCAAAGCUCAGUGGCAUGGAGGACUGUGUAAUACUGCAUACCCUAUGGUGGCUGAAAUUCUGUUUGUGGUGCUACAUUUUUCAGUUGUUCCCUGCCAUACAUCAACCAUGCCUCCAUCAUGCUUCUUGUCUGUCCUGUUCAACACUAAUUAGCAAUUGUAUGCAGUGCUGUUGUGCCACAUUUGGAGAGGCUCACAGCUGCCAACACAGCAGCUUGAAAUAUGCUGAUGUAGCCAUUAAAACCUUGGAUCAGCUCAUGGUGCCAAGCCAUAGACAAUGUUGUUGCAUCAGUGCAGCAUCUGUUGCACUGCACCUUAAACGUUUGUACUAGUGACACAACUCAUAGGACCAGGCUGUAUGUUUUCUAAUAGCUAGAAUAGAUUUAUAGAAGAAGUGACACGAAAAAUCUACUGAAAUGUAAUUGUUUUUGUAUCUACCUUUUGGACUCAUUCCAACACUAAUUUAUUACUUCCAGACUCUGUUCUAGAUCAAGACAUUUUGCUCUCUGGAGCAGAGGGCCAAAUGGUGCUCCAGAUACUAGAGCCAACACUUCUGAAAGUCAGUUCCUGCCUUCAUCUAUCCACCUAAAUUCCUCUGCCUGAAGCAGCUUGAUUCACUUUGACAUACAGUAGGGCAGGCCUAGAGUUGACAGGCUCACCCAGAGUAACAACUUUCCUAUGAAAACCUUCUGCAAAGGACAUUUAAUUUUCACAUGACACAGUUUUUUGAAUUCCUAAGGACACUGGCAAAUUCAGUGCAAGUUGCUUCUGUACAUUUUCGCUUUCUCCUUCUGGCACUGUUUCGAAGCCUGAACAAUAAUAAUCCAUCUUUGCAGGAUUAAUCCUCUGUUUUCAUCAUCAUAUAUAUAACUUUCAUAUGUGCUUUAGGAUAUCUCUACAAAACAGUGGACAAGAUUCACAUAACGAACCCCAUUAGCCAGCCCCAUGUCUGCAAUGGAGCAUUGCCUCAUCUCCUACUCCCAUGAUCCAAAACAUUGACUGGGGAGGGGGUGUCAGAAGAACCCCCAGAACAGCACAUGGAGAAAGGGAGAGGGGUAUCAUUCCAUCUGGUAGCCAGAAGGCUUGUACAGAUGGAAUGACUGGAAGAGCAUGUUUAAUUCUACCCACAGUGUUUAAACUAACUAGUUUAACACAAAUAGUUAUGAGCAACAUUUCAUAAUUCUUAAAACUGUAUAUUUACCAAUAAAUAAAUAAAUAAAUGUUGAAUUUGUUUUAAAUUGUAAGCAUUAUACAUGGAUUUAGAGAACUGCAGACAAACCUAUUUCUUUCAAUGUAUAUUUUAUUUCAGCUUCAUAUCUUUAUUAAAUAUCCAUCUUUUUCAUGUUAACGUUCAAACUGUUGUAUUAUUCUGCUUCUAAUUCACGCUGUUCUCUAUUGCUCGUAGUAAAAUAACAGCUUAAGAUGUACUAAAUUAUUGACAGUGUUAAGUGUAUCUAGGUGCCAUAGUUACCAUAAAUAUAAUUUUAUUUU